AUGUCUCCCAGUAAUGUGACUGAAUUUGUUCUCUUGGGGCUCACGCAGAAUCCACACCUGCAGAGGCUCCUCUUCAUCGUCUUUUUGCUCAUUUUUCUCUUUACCGUGCUGGCCAACCUGUUCGUCGCCAUCACCAUCUCCCUCAGCCCCACGCUUUCGGCUCCUAUGUACUUCUUCCUCACUUACCUGUCCUUCAUAGAUGCCUCGUACACCUCUGUCACCACCCCCAAAAUGAUCAUCGACCUGCUCUACCAGAGGACAACUAUCACUUUGGGUGGCUGUCUGACUCAGCUUUUUGUGGAGCACUUCCUGGGAGGCUCAGAGAUCAUCCUCCUCAUUGUCAUGGCCUAUGACCGSUACGUGGCCAUCUGCAAGCCCUUGCACUACAUGACCAUCAUGAGGCAGGGAGUCUGCCGCCUCCUAGUGGUGGUAGCCUGGAUUGGAGGGAUCCUGCAUGCCACUGUGCAAAUUCUCUUCAUGAUCAGCCUGCCCUUCUGUGGUCCCAAUGUCAUAGACCACUUCAUGUGCGAUCUCUUCCCAUUAUUGAAACUGGCCUGCAGAGACACCUACCUGCUUGGAAUGGUGGUGGCAGCCAACAGUGGAGCCAUGUGCYUGCUCAUUUUCUCCAUGCUACUCAUCUCCUACAUCGUCAUCCUGAGCUCCCUGAAAUCUCACGGCUCUGAAGGACGGCACAAAGCACUCUCCACAUGUGGCUGUCACUUCACYGUUGUCGUCCUCUUCUUUGUGCCUUGCAUAUUCACCUACAUGCGUCCUGUGGCCACCUACCCUGUGGACAAGUUGGUGACUGUGUUCUUUGCCAUCCUCACUCCCAUGUUGAACCCCAUAAUUUACACAGUGAGAAACGCAGAGGUGAAAAGUGCCAUGAGGAGCUUGUGGAAGAGAAGAGUAACUGCUCAGUUCAUAGUGCCAAGACAGUGA